UUAUAAAGAGGAUUAAACGUGUUCGUGUCUCUGACAUGUCUGUGUGUGUCUGGUCUGCGCUGUGUCACCAUGUUCGCUGCAGCUCAUCGACUCGUGUUGUCUCAUGUUCGUCGUUAUUGUCAGAAGACUCCGAUCAAACCGAUCAAACUGAGAAUAUCUGAAGCUGCUUCAGGAGCCGAGCUGGGAGCUGAAGUCAAAGUGCAGGGAUGGGUUCGCUCUUGUAGACCUCAGAAGACAAAUCUCUUUCUCCACGUGAACGACGGGAGCUGUUUGCAGUCACUGCAAAUCGUCGCCAGUUCAGAGCUGAACGAUCCGUUGCUCACAUUUGGUAGUGCUGUUGAGGUCACGGGCAUUCUUAAGAAAAGUCCACACCAGAAGCAGUCAGUCGAACUGGAAGCAGACCAGAUCCAUGUAAUCGGAGAAUGUAACCCUGUGGAUUUUCCCUUGAAAGUCAAGGAGAGACACAGCUUUGAAUAUCUUCGCCAGUUUCCUCAUCUCAGGUGUAGAACAAACGCCUUUAGUUCCCUGCUGAGAAUACGAAGUGAGGCCACUACAGCAAUGCACUCAUAUUUCAAGGAAAAUGGCUUUGUGCAGAUUCACACCCCAGUCAUCACCUCAAAUGACUGUGAAGGAGCAGGGGAGCUCUUUCAAGUUGAGGCACCAAGCACAGGGAAUGAAGAAGACGAGAACUUUUUCUCAGUCCCAGCCUACCUGACUGUGUCCGGUCAGCUUCAUUUAGAGGUGAUGUCAGGCGCCUUUUCUAAAGUCUACACAUUUGGGCCAACCUUUCGUGCAGAGAACUCCCAGACCAGACGCCACCUGGCUGAGUUUUACAUGGUGGAGGCCGAGAUCUCCUUCACAGAGUCCUUAGAGGAUCUCACCAAGGUCAUGGAGGACAUGUUCAGAUCUGCCACGGAGCAUGUCUUGGCACACUGUGCAGAGGAUGUGGAUUUGUUUCACAAGCAUGUGACUCCUGGACACAGGGAAACUGUAGAUUCUAUGCUGAAGAAGAGCUUCCCUGUGAUUACCUACAGUGAGGCUAUAAACAUCCUGAACCGGAGCUCUGAGAAAUUUGCCUUCCCGACGCACUGGGGUUGUGACCUUCAGACAGAACACGAGAAGUACCUGGUGAAACAUUGCGGCAACAUUCCGGUCUUUGUCACUGAUUAUCCUUAUGAUCUGAAGCCGUUUUAUGCAAGAGACAACGAGGACCAUCCGGAGCAUACAGCAGCUGCGGUGGACCUUCUUGUGCCAGGAGUUGGAGAGCUCUGUGGGGGCUCACUGAGAGAGGAGAGGCUGGAUCUGCUGAGGGCUCGGCUGGAGGAGGUUGGACUAGAAGACAUCUACAGCUGGUAUCUGGAUUUGAGGCGUUUUGGCUCGGCCCCUCACGGUGGCUUUGGAUUGGGAUUUGAGCGAUAUUUGCAAUGCAUACUUGGUGUGGACAACAUAAAAGAUGUGAUUCCUUUCCCAAGAUUUUCCCAUUCUUGCCUUCUAUAAAACAGUUUGAACUAUUUUUUUGUGAGGUCUGUCUGACAAACAUUAAAUAAAUAU